UUAAAAAAAUAUUUUCAAGCAUUGAAUCCCUAAAAAUAAAUAAUUUUUUUCCGGUUUAUUAAUUAACAUUUGGAUUCAAUUAUCAAUAAUAAUUCAAUUGAAUUGAUAAUAAUUUUUUAAUUAAUUAAUUAAUUAAUUUUUUUAGACAAACAAACAAAACAAUUCAAAACAUAACCGCGACCAACCAUUUCGGGUGUUUUUUUGUGUUGAGAGGGCCGAAGAUAUACCAUUUGAUUAUCACUGUCGCCGCCGUCGCCAAACAUCGCUAACCAAUAAUGAUAUCCAAGACAACUAUUGGUGUGACCGCCGGACUGGUCGGCUUUGUGGCCUAUUGUGUCUAUUUUGACCGAAAGCGCCGAAACGAUCCGCUAUUCAAACAGAAACUAAGAGAAAAGAGAUCAAAAUCGGCCAAAAAGGGCGACUCAUUUGACGGCUCGUCCAUGGAUUUGCCAGAUCUUCGCGACUACGAAGCUGUUCAAAAGUUUUUCAUCAAAGAGGUCCAGUUGGGCGAAGAACUAUUGGCCGGCGGUGAUGUCGAGGCCGGUAUCGAGCAUCUGACCAAUGCUGUAGCUGUUUGCGGUCAACCCCAGCAAUUGCUUCAAGUACUUCAGCAGACACUACCCACACAAGUGUUUCAUAUGUUGCUCCAGAGAUUGCCGAUUGUUUCGCAGCGAAUCUCGAAAUCAAUGUCGACAUCGGAAGCGGUAACCAUAAGCGAAACACUGGCCGAGGAUGACGUUGAGUAGGUGGACAACACCCGACAACCGAUACUACCCUACUCGAGAACAACGGGUUUUUUUGUCUGUUUAUUAUUAUUAUUAUUAUUUUUUUUGUGUCAAAAUACCAUUACCGUAUAUAAUAUCUAUUGUAUCAAUUGGAUCAAUCAAUCAAUUCAAUUGAUUGUUAAAUUGGAUGAAUAUUUUCUAAAUA